AUGUUGGCUGUUUACCUUUUGGUUUUCAUUGAAAAAGGCCAUUUAACUCUGAGCAAGAAGGUGAGGUUUCAGAGAGGCGGAGUCGAUGGCGCCCAGACAACCGGAAAAGAGGCCCCUGCAGGAGGUCUGGCCGCCUUCCCCACCGUUAUCCCGAACCCACAGCUGCUCCCCGCACCAUGCCCGCCGCCCGCCGCCGGCUCUGAGCUGCCCCUGCCCCCGCCACCGCCCGCCGCGCUGGAGCGGGCACUGCAGUACCUGGGGCAGAUCCAGCACAUCCUCCCCUCUGGCUUCCUUAAGGACGACCGCACCGGCACCGGCACCCUAUCGGUGUUCGGCAUGCAGGCGCGCUACAGCCUGAGAGAUGAGUUUCCUCUGCUGACAACCAGGCGUGUGUUCUGGAAGGGUGUCCUGGAGGAGUUGCUGUGGUUUAUCAAGGGAUCCACAAAUGCUAAAGAACUGUCGUCCAAGGGAGUGAGAAUCUGGGACACCACUGGGUCCCGUGACUUCCUGGACAGCCUGGGAUUCUCCAGCAGAAAAGGAGAUUUAGGCCCGGUUUAUGGCUCUCAGUGGAGGCAUUUUGGGGCAGACUACAAAGAUAUGGAUUCAGAUUAUUCUGAUCAAGGAGUAGACCAACUGCAAAAAGUGACUGACACAAUCAAAACCAACCCUGAUGACAGAAGAAUCAUCCUGUGUGCUUGGAAUCCAAAAGAUCUUCCUUCGAUGGCCCUGCCUCCAUGCCAUGCCCUCUGCCAGUUCUACGUGGUGAACGGUGAGCUGUCCUGCCAGCUGUACCAGAGGUCAGCAGACAUGGGGCUAGGUGUGCCCUUCAACAUCACCAGCUACGCCCUGCUCACCUACAUGAUCGCACACAUCACCGGCCUGAAGCCAGGUGACUUUAUGCACACUUUGGGAGAUGCACACAUCUACUUGAAUCAUGUUGAGCCACUGAAAAUGCAGCUUCAGCGAGAACCGAGGCCUUUCCCGAAGCUCAAAAUCCUUCGAAAAGUUGAGACAAUCGAUGACUUCAAGACUGAAGACUUUCAGAUUGAGGGGUACAAUCCUCAUCCGACUAUUAAAAUGGAAAUGGUCGUUUAAA